AUGCCUGCCGCAAGCCGUCCUCUUUACAAGUCAGUUACCCUACCUACCUCGAUGCGCCCAUUACAACGAGACAACUAUGGCUUCCUCUUCCGAAAGAACUUUGUGUUCCUCGGUGCAGUUUUUGGAGCUGCUUUCGCAUUCGAGAUGGGAUAUGAUUCAAUCACAGAUAGAGUCUGGGAUACUAUAAACAAGGGCCGCCAAUGGAAAGAUAUCCGAUCGAAAUAUGUUGAGGCUGCCGAGGAGGAUUAG